AUGGCGAAGCUCGAAGGCGGCAGCAAGGAUGUUGACGAAGCCAUGGAGAAGUGGCACAACGGUUCCUUGAGCCACCGGCUGUACGACGUCUUCACCGUAGCCGGCCUCCGCGUGGAGGCCAUCGAACCCGGCCGCCUCCUCUGCUCCUUCAUGGUCCCUGCUCGCCUCACGUCGAGCGCCAGCAACCGUAUGCAGGGAGGCGCGGUGGCGUCGCUGGUGGACCUGGUGGGGUCUGCGGUGAUCUUCGCGGGCGGCUCGCCGGUGACGGGGGUCUCGCUGGAUAUCACCGUCUCCUACCUGGGCGCCGCCCGUGCAAACAUUUGCUGA